CCUUUUCCCGAACGCCGGAAGCGCUAGCGCGGAGCUUCUGAGCGGCAGGGCCGCGCGCCCUCCGCCAUGGCGACCAGGGCAAAGCGCCGGCGGGUGGCGGGGCCUGUGGGAGGCGACGCGGACCCGGACCCGGACCCUGUGGCCGGCUUCCUGAGCUGGUGCCGGCGGGUGGGGCUGGAGCUGAGUCCCAAGGUGGCGGUGAGCCGGCAGGGCACGGUGGCCGGCUACGGCAUGGUGGCCCGGGAGAGCGUGCAGCCCGGGGAGCUGCUGUUUGCCGUGCCGCGGGCCGCGCUCCUGUCGCAGCACACCUGCUCCAUCGGCGGCCUGCUGGAGCAAGGUGGGUGCGCCGGCGGGGUGCGACCGGGAGGCGCGCCGCGGGGCCGCGCCGGUGCUCUCACCUCUGUGUCUCUCUCAGAGCGAGGCGCGCUGCAGAGCCAGUCGGGCUGGGUGCCGCUGCUGCUGGCGCUGCUGCACGAGCUGCAGGCCCCGGCCUCGCCCUGGAGCCCUUACUUUGCGAUGUGGCCGGAGCUAGGCCGCUUGGAGCACCCGAUGUUCUGGCCUGAGGAGGAGCGCCGGCGAUUGCUGCAGGGCACGGGCGUACCCGAGGCGGUGGAGAAGGACUUGGCCAACAUCCGCAGCGAAUACUAUUCCAUCGUAUUGCCGUUCAUGGAAGCCCACCCGGAUCUUUUCAGCCCCAGGGUUCGCUCCCUGGAACUCUACCACCAGCUCGUGGCUCUUGUGAUGGCGUACAGCUUUCAGGAACCACUGGAGGAAGAGGAGGAUGAAAAGGAGCCAAACUCCCCUUUGAUGGUGCCUGCUGCAGACAUACUAAACCACUUAGCCAAUCAUAAUGCCAAUCUAGAAUACUCUCCAAAUUGUCUUCGGAUGGUGGCCACUCAGCCCAUUCCUAAAGGCCAUGAAAUUUUCAACACUUAUGGACAAAUGGCUAAUUGGCAACUCAUUCAUAUGUAUGGUUUUGUUGAACCAUAUCCCGACAACACGGAUGACACAGCUGACAUUCAGAUGGUGACAGUUCGUGAAGCAGCAUUACUGGGAACAAAAGUUGAAGCUGAAAGGCUCCUACUGUAUGAACGCUGGGAUUUCUUAUGCAAACUGGAGAUGGUAGGGGAAGAGGGAGCCUUUGUAAUUGGGUGGGAGGAGGUGCUCACUGAAGAGGAACUGACCACCACACUCAAGGUACUAUGCAUGCCUGCUGAGGAGUUCAGAGAGUUUAAAGACCAGGAUGGAUGGGGAGAUGAUAAAAGGGAAGAGGAGAGCUUGACAGUCACAAAUAUCCCCAGGCUGAAAGCAUCAUGGAGACAGCUGCUUCGGGACAGUGUUUUGUUGACCCUGCAAACCUAUGCCACAGACUUAAAAUCUGAACAAGAUUUACUAAGUAACAAGGAGGUCUACACCAAACUCAGCUCGAGGGAACAGCAGGCCUUGCAGGUUCGCUAUGGUCAGAAGAUGAUCUUACACCAGUUGUUGGAACUGACAAGUUAGCAGGUUCCCUGUUGCCUGAAAGACCAUCCACAAGAACUUUAUUCUAAGCUCGCAUUCAUUGAUGCUUGAAAAAAAGGAAAAUCUGGGUCUUUUGCUUUUCCUUUAAUAAAUACCAACAGGAAAAGUAACAAAGGUGGUGUGCUAGGGGUAACUGAGAUAAGGGUGACCUGUUUAAGGACUGGGUACAGCAGACUUGCAGAUUGCUGUUACUAAGAUCAGUGAAUUUUAUAGCUGUUUUGUUCUCAGUCUGAACCAAAGGUUAGAAGAAAUGUGAUAGUAAUAGGUUCCUAUUGUAGUCUAGCAUUUAAUAACAACGUGGACUUUGAAGGUAGACCUGGGUCUGUUUUGAGCAAGCAUCCCCCCACUCCAAGACUUCAUUUUCUGUUAGAGGGUAUGAUAUGGCACUGGCACUCAACAACUACUGUACUUCCUCAGGAGCCUGAAGUUUCCUCUACAUGGCACAGCCCACCGGUAAGGGAAGAAACCCUAAGCCACCAAUGACAUUCAAGCCCCAUUAAGAUUUCUGCUGUUGAGUCUUGAACUUUUUGUCCUCUGUGGCCAUAAAACUUGAGUUAAGGUAUAUUUUAUUUUAAAUAGUGUAAAUUUUAAAAACUUUUUAAAACGAGUAGGUAUAUGUGAUAUAUUAUCAAAACUCCAUGGGGACAAAGGGUAUGAAAAAUGUUUUGUAAUUAUUUAACCAUAGAAACCUGAUCCAAUGAUUUUUCUACUGCUGAAACACUACAAAAUUCACUUCCUUGCUUGUUUAAAGAUGCCAGAUUCAUGUAAAUGAUCUACCAUGCAGCAAGAAGUGAUGUUUCCCAUUGGCAACAGGCUCUGCGAGGCUGGGUUGUCCACUUUCCUCACCACCAGCACUGGCUGCUGCUACUACUGAGAAAGGCACAGUGGAGUCAUGUGUGUGUCAUGACUUUAAUGUUUUGACUACAGUAUGCAUACACAUACAAGUAAUGGGAGCUAGAGCCCAGGAACUAGAAAGGCUACAAAAUACAACACGUGGACCAAUACAUUUACAAAACAUUCAAAAUGCUUACAAAAGGGGCUGUAUUGGUCCUUUUGACUUUGUUGUUGUUCAACAUAGCCUAUAUAGGGCUAUUUACUGGGAUAAUGGGGAAGGGCAAUUCAUACACUAUUAGUUCCCUUUCCCACAAUUUACAAGGAUCAGAAGAACGAAAGGGGCACUUUUAGGCCUGGUCCGGUUUUACGUUAUAAAAAGAGCUGACUGCAUCUUGCAGGGCCUAAGGGGGCAGGUUCUCCAGUAGAAAUGAGAAAAUGAUGCUCUCCCAGCAGUCAGCUUUAGAUUUGGGGAAGAGGCAAAACAAAAACCCAUGGGAUCUCAAUUGUGAGCUCUUCCCAUGUCCCCUAAGCAUACCAAAUAGUAGCACGUACACAUUUUUAACAACUUGGUGAUUUUCAAGGUCCCCUGUCCACAUUAAAAAAAUAAGUUACACAAUA